CUAGUUGAUUUUGUCUAGCAAUCAAUUUUAAGUGCACCUAGCCCACUUUUGUACCUGUGUUUAUUUUCCACUGAUUGUGAAAUUUGUCAUCUCAGUUAGCCGAAAGUUCUUUUCCGGAAAUGGAGGAGCCAUUUUUUGUGAUUCUGCAGUAACAAGAAGUGCCUAAGGAAUGUGUGGACUCAUUUCGCUUGAUUUUCAAAAUUUUUUCGAAUUUUUUUUUGACUGAUAAGCUCACUGACGUGACAUGAAAUUCAACCAAAGUGAUAUGAUUUAUAGUCAAGCUUCUUACCCUGAAAUGACUAAAAUUUAAUCUGAAAGGUCUCAAGGGCUUCUCUUGAUUCAACCGUUCCUUUUGUGCAGUGAUGUAGUUUUAGCUAACUUCAGUGAUUUUCCAAUUGAUAUUAAAAUCUUUCGGUCUCCUUUUCAUCACCAAAAAUGAGAGGUUUAAAAUAUCGAUCGACACUUUUUUUGUGUUCCUGUGUUUUCUUGGCCUUCAUCAAUUACCUCAUUGAUGGUGCCUCUUCAAGCCAGAUACGAAAAUCUACUUUUUGUGGAAGUUUAACCUGUCCAGCCAAUAAAAAAUUCAAAUUUUCAACAAAUUAUCGAUAUCGUUACAAGUACUCCGUUGAUGUUGCUACUGAAUUUGCUGGCAUUGGAAAAAAUGCCUCCUCCUUCCAGUUUGAAUUAGAGUUGGAGUUACUCUGGAAGUCUUCAUGCGCAGGUCAGCUACAGAUAAACAAAGUCACCAUAAAUAAGUCUCAAAAAGCGUCAAGUGCAGAAAAGGAUAGCCCAGAAUCUGCGUUCGGAGAAAAGUCUGAAGAAGAAUCUGAUGAUCUUUCGUCACAGUUUGAAGAAAGUUUAUCGCAACGAAAGUUAAGGUUUCAUUUCCAUGAGGGGCAUGUAACAGAACUAUGUGCAGACAAAGAUGAACCUGUUUGGGUUUUGAACAUCAAAAGAGGUAUUCUGACAGCCUUUCAGAACACAAUGAAAAGAUUGGAUCUGGAUUCUAGUAUUAUUGAGACCGAUGUGAAUGGGAAGUGUCCAACCAAAUACCAUCUGGAAUAUGUAAACGGAACUGUUUUAAUCAUUAGCAAAAAGAAAGAUAUCCAGAAUUGCAAUGCUCGAUACCAACUUCACUCAAUUCUACCAACUUCACCAUAUGUAUUCCAAAAUAAAUACCACAAGUGGACUCCUAUGUCAGCUACUCUUGAAUGUAGACAGUACAUCGAUCACGGAGUGUAUCUGACCGUAUCGUGCCAAGAGACACAUUCCUUUCAGCCUUUGCUCAACCAGUCACACAAUGCAGUUACAACGGUGUCGCAAAAACUUCAACUUUUGGACGAGGAGUAUGUUUCUGAGUAUGAUCUGGACGAGAAAUUUGAAACAGGUCCUAUCGGUAAACGAGUUUCUCUCUUGUUUGAUCACGAAAAGCCUAAAAAAUUAGAAGUACAUGAGCUCCAUGAAAGCAAGAGCUUUUUGAAACAACUUUGUCGUCUAGAUCAGGCAGAUGAGUUCCAGCACAGUUUACCAGAUGUUUACAACAAAUUCAUCCACUCUGCAAAACAUUUGUCGUAUCAAGCUCUAGCAGAACUGCAUCAGACAUCAAACAAAAUCUGUCCUUUUGGAAAGAAGUAUGUGCAAGAUGCCCUACCUUAUUUUCGAAGUGUGGCUGCAGUCACAUUAAUGAAAGAUGUUUUGAUAAAUCAAAACGUCUCUGAUGUUGUCUUCAAUGAAUGGCUCUUUGCUCUCUCCAUUUUUCCAAGGCCAAAUGAUGAAAUUGUGUCAGUAGCUGUUCCGCUAAUGCAACAUUAUCCAGAAAACGAGGCUGUUCUAUUGAGUUUAACAUCCAUGAUUCACUCUUUCUGCAAGUGGAAUUUGUGUGAAAACGAGCACAAUGUGAGCAUCAUUACAUCGCACCUGCAAAACAGGGUUAAUUCAAGCAUUUUGCAAGAAUCCUAUAGUACAGGGUUGAGUGUUGCUUUGAAAGCUAUUGGAAAUGCAGGUGUGAGUAAUCCACAGAUAAUCGAACUUUUGAACAAAUUAAUUGUUGGAAAAAAAGUACCAGUGGACAUUAAAGUUGCUGCAAUUGGAGCUCACAGGCGUUUUCUCUGUAAAGUCAACCGUGACCGAUUGAUGAAUACUUACUUGAAUCGAGCAGCAGAUGUUGAAGUAAGGAUAGCUGCAUACUUACAGAUUAUGAAAUGUCCAUCAUACAACGUUUUACAGAAUGUCAAAGCCUCUCUUCAGGCCGAAACUAUGAAUCAAGUCGGUUCAUUUGUGUCAAGUCAUCUCCAAAACCUGAUGAAAUCUUCAAUGCCAAAUAAGCUUCAGUUCCAAUCAAUGUUGGAGGACUUUCAGUUCGAGAAGAAAUUCAAAUCUGACAUCAGAGUGUUCUCUCAAAAUUAUGAAGGCUCAUUUUAUCUCAAUGAAUAUGGUGUAGGCAUUUUUGUCGAAACGAACGUUAUUUUCUCGCCCAAAUCAUACAUUCCUCGCAAGAUUUCUGUCAGCGUCACAACCAACAUCUUUGAUGAAUCGAUUUCCUUAGCUGAGUUUGAAAUAUCACUGGAGGGCUUCGAGAGGUAUGCUGAGUAUUUUUUCAAACCAGGAGGACCCCUUAGUUUUGACUCACUGAAAAAAGGCCUCAACUUACUACGCAUUGCACGCAGCAUCUCUGACACACUCAAAGAAAAAAUUGACGGCCUUCCAAAUAUCAUAGAAAAGAAUUUCCCUCCUCCUAAGGUCCUGUUUGGUUUCAAACUGUUUGGAAAUGAAAUAAAGUACCUUGAAUUUAGAGGAGAGUCGGAAAUCUACAAAAUGCUGAGUAGAUUUAAUCCUUACAAUAUCGUCUCGGACUUUUUUGAAGGCCAGGCAAUACAUUUUGAACGAACUUCAAUGUUUUUAGACAUUAGUUAUGUCGUUCCAACAGGGGCUGGUUUACCCUUGAAUCUAAACUCUGUUGGUAUUGCUGAUAUUCAUCUGGAAAUGGCAGGAUCAUUCCAAGGGAAAAACUUUUCGGAAACUAAGAAAUUGACGAUGAGCGGAAAAUUAGUACCAAGAAUGGCAGUUCAUCUCGAAGGAACAAUGGGUGUGGAUGCUUACUGUUCGUCAACCCAGAUUAAGUUGAAGAGUAAAAUGUAUACAUCCUCCGCUGUCAACGCGACUUUGCAACUGGAUUCUUAUAAUCUUGUUAAAUUGUCAUUCCAUUUGCCUCUGAAGAAGUCGGAUUUAUUUUAUGCAGAAUCCGAAUUAAGCAUACUGCAGAACAAUAAAGAUGUGGUGAUAGAAGGAGGGCAGGUCAUCGGCGAGGAUCGUUUUGAAGAUUUUGUUUGCAGUUGGGACGUACUGGACCAAACAAUGGGUUUAAAACUGUGUGUGAAUUACAUGUUCCCGAACACUAUGAAGCUACUCAAAGCGCCUCUUCUUCUGUUCAGUGGUCCAAUUAAGUUCGGAAUCGUUCUUGAAAAAACAGAUCCCUCUGCAAAAGAGUACUUCAUUCAGUACAGAUAUCUAACAGCAGAGAAUCAAUCAAUAGCCAGUAUAGAAUUCGAAACUCCUGGAUCAAGCAUCAAGCGCAACAUAAAGGCUGUCGUGAAUUUUGAUCCAGGAAACCAGAACAUAACAUUUACAUACAAAUCUGCCACUACUGAGUUACAGGCGCAUGGCAUCUACAAAAAUUCACCGGAACUGAAACUUCUACAUUUUGCCUUGGAUAUCAAUGGGAAGAAACACAUAGACAUCCACCUAGAAUUGAAAACAAAGGAAGAAAGAUACGGUUACUCUUACCAACCCUCUGCGUCUUUUUCCAUCAAUAAUAAGAAUAUCGCCGAACUACAAGGAACUUACAAAUGGGUGGAGAAAAAGAGUAUAUCGCAGUGUGAUAUAGACUUAACUUUUAAAACCAACAAGAUCAAAACCCAUAUCACAGGGUACAUCGUAGUGAACGAGGCAUCGAUUGCAGCUAAUUUCAUUCUGGAGUAUCAGUUUGACGCAGGCAAAGCAGAAACGCUGAAGAUAGAAAUUCAUAUGGCGGACCACACCACAAAGCAUUUAGCCCACCUCUCUGCAGAACUUCAGCUGGCAUCAUCUGCUUAUCCCCAGAUUGAUUUUAUCGCCACGACUAAGUAUCAGAAAGCUCAAGGUCACUUAGAGUUAUCCUUUGACUUGACAGCUAAUCCUUCUCUAAAAAAUGAGUCAGAGAAGUUGCGCCUCCAGUCAAUGUUGAUUUAUCUUCACACUCCUUCAAGCCAUAAAGUCAGCUCUUUCAUAGCCAUCAAAAGACCCUCCAGCGACAUCGACUUGAAAUUAGAUGGUGUUUUCGAAGGAUCUGAAGGACACUGGAAUAUUGGCUUCCACAUUCAGUAUGCCAAAGACAAAGUCAUUGGCAUUAAACUGGAUCUAGUACUUCCGAAAAGCACAACACUCUACAUAGAAAUACAUUCAAGUCUCAGCCUCCCCCAAGUGCAACAUCCGAUGAGUCUCUUUCUCCGGGUUCAUGAAAAAAGCCGCAGUGAAUAUGAUUUGGAGGUGAUUGGAACAUGGUUUAGUGGUCAUAAUAUCACUACAAAAGGAGUCUACUUAAAUAAGUCAAAUCAGAUAACCACUUACCUUGUUUUGAAGUUAGUCCUAAAGUCGGGCAUGUUUAAUGACAUCAUGUUCAAUGGGAAGUUUCUUUUCGAUGAGAAUGAAAUCCGGCUUGAUUUAUUGGCAGAACAUAAUGAAAUCAAGUACGCUUUGCUGCUGAAGCAUUUGUCAUUGCAUCCUGCAUUACGAGAGACGCACGGAGAGGUAACAUUCAAUGAGAGCACAUACUCUUUGACUAGCAUGAUCGAUUUUAUGAAAAAGCAAGCGCUCCUUGAGCUUCAUCUAGACAAACACAGGGAUAUUCACGUUGGAGUUCAUGGUAUACAUGAAAAGCAAAAAACAGACACUGGCUUCUUCGUCAAAUGGGAUGCCAACCGUGACCCCAAUCAAAAACUAGCAUUGACACUACUCACAGCCUCAACAGACUCCGCCUCAACGUUUGAGUACUCGGUCAAACUUUUGUUCGAGUACCCAAGUCAUUUAAUCACCGGCUCUGCUUUGCUAGAACGUCAAGGAACAAAUUACAUGAGCACGUUGGCAGUGGAGUGGAGCCCAAAGCAGUCCAUUGAUAUUGUUUUUCUCUUGAACUAUGAUUUUCCUGACUCUGGUAAAAUUUUCUUUGAGACAAAAGUUUUGACUCCUUUUGAAAAUUGGAGGGAGACAUCUCUCACUUACAAGUUGCAUUAUCUAGAUAGCAAUAUUACAACUGGAGCAAAAAUUAGCUGGAAUGAUGACCAAAAUAUCAUCGCAAAUAUAGGACUCAACUAUCAAUUUCUCUCCAAUGAUACCAAAUUAGCAAUCAGCUGUGUUUUGGAAAGCACUAUCGAAGAUAUUAAAGCUGUGAAAGCCAUUUUGAACCACGAACACGGAAACAAGCAAUUCAAGACUGAUAUAACACUGCAGUCAAGUCCCAGUCAUUUAUUAUCAAUGCUGAGCGCGGGAAAAAUAAUUAUCAACGAUAAUUCAAGCAGCGUUAUUUUUAGCUUAACCACAGCAACACCGUUCCUACCCAUUAAAACAGGCGGACUUGAGUGUCUUUUGUCUCUAGGAAAGGACAAAAAUAUCAGAGGUGACAUCCGUCUCAUGAUGGAUGACAAUACUUAUCAAGCUAUUUUGCUAGGUAUCGUGAAGAACCCAAAAGAAAGCAAAAUCCUCUUAAAAAUGACCACUCCUUUCGAGAAGUAUAAUCUCAUUAAAGGAAGAUUUGGAUUCUCCGAGAAGAAUAAACACUUCUUUGCCGAACUUAUCGGACCAUCCUCCACUGCAGGUCUAGAGCUCAAGUAUUUUUUCAUCGAUUCAUCCAGUUUCAAUUUGAAGUUGCAUCUAACAACCCCAUUUGCAGUGCUGUACGAUCUUACACUAGUUGGAUUCAUCAACGAAGAAAACGUUGAUUUCAGGUGUGGAUGGAACUCAAUGAUGCUCGGAAUCAUCGGAAGUGAUCAUUUUGAAUCAUGGUAUGACAUAAACUACAGUCUCACCCUCUUCACCCCAAUUGAAGGGUUCAAGAAAAGCAGCGCCGUGUUCAAAAUCGACUAUUCUGACCAUUUGGAUUUGGAGACCAGAGUGUUACUACCGACAAUGAGGGUAGGAUUGAAAGCUCUGUGCAUCUACCAAAAAAUGAACAGCACAUCCUCUGAACUAGACGAAGAAAGCUUCUUUGCAGAUGACUUAAUUCCAAAAAAAGAUUUGUUUUGGAGAGGAGCUGUCAACAUUGAUACAUUGUUUUAUCCAACCUUGAAAGUAGAGUUGAAUGUCACUGAACAUGAUUUAUCGUACACAACCAACUCCUUGAUAGACUUUCCAAACUUUGGUGCAAACAUCACCAACAAGCUCUUCUUCUCUCACCUGAUGGGUAUGAACAACAGCCUUGUGGUGGAAACAACAGCUCCAGCGUUUUCAAAGGCCAUUUGUAAUUAUAAAAUGGAAGGCACCUUUGGCAGAUCGAUGAAAUCAAAUCUCGCUCUGAAUGUUACAAGUCACAACCAAUCAUUACCUGGAAGUGUGGACGUUGAGUAUACAUUUCGCGCAACGCAGUACGAUGACGAUCUCAGAGAAUUUUCUGACAGGGAUAAAUACGGCCUGUAUGUGACUCAAGUCAACAUCAGGACUCCGUUCAGCUCAAUGCAGUAUGUAAAAGGCGUCAUGUUCUUCCAAGUUGACCGUAAUUCCUUCGAAAACAAUGUUUCAAUCGUCACCAAUUUCUCAAAAAUGUUCUUGGAAGCUAGUUUGCAGUCGUAUGAAAAUUACUUUGAGUCAGCUGUUGGUAUUAAUAUUUCAUCCAAGUUCAUCAAGUUUCCCUACUUCAAAAUGCUGAUCAAGAAAGACUUCUUGGAACUGGAUAAGAAAAUCAGAGUCAACUUCAUAUUACCAUCUACAACUUCAGCAAAGUUAGACAACUAUGAUGUGGAAACCUUAUGGCGCUUUGAAAACAACUAUUUGAAACUGUACGGUAAACUGAUGACACCCUUCAAAAGCAUCGAUAUUCUGCAAGGAGGCAUGGAGUAUAUUCACGAGAACACUUCUCAUACUUACUUCAUCAAUUCUCACUUUCAACGUGCUGCGGAAGUUGAAAUGAAACUGAGUGCCAAAUUACACAACAGGACUCUUCUGAUAAAUCUAGAGUCUUUGGUUGAAGGUCUAAAAAAUGUGCAGUUUGUUGGUGCUUUGAACAAGUCUGGGAAGCAGCAAAAUAUAGAAGCAACAAUGAUCUCUGAUCAAACAUAUAAAAUUGUGGGAUGGGCAACUACAAGUGAACAUGCCCCCUUAUCUUUCAAAAUAAAAUUAAUGAAGAAUGAUAGAUCGGAGGAAGUAGGAAGCAUCAUUAUGUACAUCAAAAGAAGAGAUGAUGGCUUUGAAAUUGAAACAAUGUUGCAGUACGAAGAUCGGAUGGUCGAGUUUGAAAGUAAAUUGAAGUAUCAUUCACCAGAGGCAAAAAUGGUCAACAUUUUGAUUUCAUCCACACAUCCAGACUACAAACGGUUGCAAGUUGACGGUCUACUUUUGGCAAAGCAUUUCGGACAGUUCAUAAUGACAGUCAAAGGAGGCGUCGAGUCAAAAUGGCUGGACACAACAUACAAUGCUCAUCUCAAAGUCUGGACCGAGCAAGAGAAAGGCAUCCUGCUGUCGUCCAUUGACUCCUCUCAGUUAUCGAGUAAUACGCAGUUUGUUUGGAUCUGGAAGUCGGAAGCUUUCCAUACGAGUUUCAAUAGUUUCUUCCGAUAUAACGGUCUCACGCAACAGUUCCUGUCAAAGGUUUUCUUCUGGAAUCCAAAUGAAGAUUUCAAAAGUAUUUGCAUGGGAAGUCAAAUAAACAACAACGAUAAUUGGGUGUUCACGGCUAAUGCGACAGUUUUAGCACCAUCCUCAACGAACUGCAGUUUCACAUCAUAUUUUCAACUGCCUGACAACAGAGAAAUGCUUCACGUAAUGGUUGGCAAACUUCUCCUCCUGGACCAAUACAAUUUUAUCAACCACGCUCUUCAAUACUCAGUUUUCCCAAAUCAAGUCAAAUUUCGUACCUUCAGUGAGCUUCAAAUUUCUCCUGACGAAAUGAAUGGCCUCAUCCUCUUGCAAAACAAAGAAGAAGUCCCACCAUUCUUCUUGAACAGCUUCAAAGCAAAGAUCGUCAAAGGAGUGUACAAUGUUACCAAUGUUCUCAGCACGGUUCUGCUCAGACGAAGCCUCGUCUCUUUCCUUGAGUACAAGAAGCCUUCCUCCAGACACAUUAUCAAUUUGAGAUUGUAUAACCCUGUCCCGAACCUGAUUGCCAAAGCAUUUGUCGAUUUUGAAUCAUUUAAUAAUUUGGCAGCUUCCGUGAACAGCACAACACCAUUUCCCUCUAUACCUCAUUUAGGAAUCGACCUCAAAGCUAUCACCACUGACAUCAACUUUGAGCGCUAUUUGAAGAUCCUUUGGAAAAAUAACUCUGCACUUUUCAAUAUGACUCACCACAUGAAAGUUGGUCCAAGCAGUAAUUUAACAAAUGGAGUGGUGAUGAUUGAAUUUCCUGUUGCCUCCCAACAUAUUGGAAAACUUGUUUAUGGUUAUGAGGAUUCUGGAAAGAAGCUGAGCGGGUUCUCUACAGUGAUUUUCAACAAUGAAAAAAUCAUAGACUCCAAAGUCUCUCGAGAAACAUAUUUUGGACCUCAUUUCCGGGAAGAUAUCGUGAACCUGUCUUUGGACAACUAUUUUGUUCCAAUUGGAAUUGGAUACCUUGGUCAGCAUAGCCAGCCAAAUUUGAAAGUGAAGGACACUUUUGUCAAUUUUAAGAGGAUGGAGUUCUACAAGCUGCAUAACAGAACGGCAUUCAAUCUUACAGGAGAGGUGUUGGUUAACCAGAAUGCGACUGGAAGACUUGACAGCUUCAAAUUAAUGAAUGCAAAGCGAAGUCUUGUAAUGCAGUCAUACCUGGGCAAAGAUUAUCACUACGAGCAUAGAACGUUCCUGACACUGAGGAAUGAAUUAUGGGCUGGAUAUGAAGUGAAAUUGAGCAACAAAGAGACGACUUGGUUUGGCAAGGAGGUAGAAUUCAAAUUGACUUAUCCUCUCAGAAAUAUCACUCUGAUAGGGGACUUGAUCCUCGGGGACUCAUUCCUCAACUCUCAGUUAACGGUGAACUCGGACACAAUAUACAGCGCCAAGACAGUAGGAACAGGACUAACUUGGAAACGUAUGAGUACAUCUGCUGAUCAUCAUCAAGCAGUCGUCAUGAUCACCCAUCCCUCCCUCAAAAAGAACAUAACACUAACCGGAAAUUAUGUGCAGUACAACUAUUCACAAGCAGACUUAAAGUUGGUACUCGAAUACUCCUUAGACCGCAACAAGAAAGUCGAAAUUCUCGGAAACUUAUUGGACAACUCAUCAUCAAGUGGCUAUGACUAUUCGCUAACUUUCAACGGAAAGCAUCCGGCAACAAGGUUCAAAUUUGACUUACUCGGUUUGAUGUCGUUGAACAACGAAAAAUACGAUGUUGCUGAGAACAUCUCUUAUAAAAGAUCGUAUCUGCCAACACAGUAUUGGGAUUCAAGAGCGUUGGUAAACUGGAAGAAGAAUGAGGUGGAGUUCCAGAGGCAUUCCUUGAGAAGUGUUGCCCAUAUGAAAGGAGCUUAUGGGAAAAUUAGCGGAGCACACCUUGUGAAUAUAUCCAUGAUCAAAGACAAAAAUGUGAAAGUUGUAGGAUUCCUAUACUUAAACCCCGAGAAAAAGUACACCAACAUGAUGGUCAACCUCACUCCAGACGAAUCGGAGAGGUUGCUGAUGGAAGGCACCAUGGGCGACAAUCGGAAUGUGAUGCUUGAUGUAUGGAGGGUCUAUGAUGAUCUAGUCAUAUCCGACCUGAAAUUUUACGUGGCGCUUAAUCAUUCUCGCCUUUUGUCGUCAGCUAUAAUCUGGCGUCCUGAAAAUCAAAACGAAAUUCUGGCCUCUUGCUACGGACUUGUAUCCUAUGUUUGGGAUUAUGUGCAUGAAACAUCAGAAUUUUGGACAUCCUACAUUAAGUCAGAGAUCGCAGAUUCCGUCGCUGAUAUUUGGUUUGAUGCCAAACCUAUUGUCCAAGAUUUUAUCGAUGACAUUGGUAAUUUGAAAGUCUUGCAAGAUGAUAUAAAUUAUUUCAAAAAACAAUUGAAUGACUCGUACAAUGCAAAUGAGUUUUUCAUGAAAGAUAUCCACACUUUCUACCUUGUACUUGCGGAGGAGAUGUUGUUCAAAGACCAACUCAACUCUUUGCCCAAAAUAUUCAAUGAGCUUUGGGAAAUUAUGGGAGAAACUGGACAGACAAUUCGGAAGUCCAUUCUUUGGAUUGUUGAGACGUCCAAAAGAAUUUAUGAAAAGUUUGCCGAAGUGAUUCGAAAUUUCUUAAAAGGCGACACUCUGAAUCAGAUCUCUGAUUUUGCAUCAAAGGUUAUGAUUAAGUAUGAUAAGAUGAUCAAGGAUAUGCACGUUUCGUUUUUAAUGUAUAUUGAGCGUUUGUGGAGUGAGACGGGUUCGGUGAUGGUGGACUAUUGGCACAGAUUCCUGCGAAACGUGGAGCCAAUGUUCAUUCAGGUGGUUCACCAUCUUGAAACUGUUGUUUGGAACACUUGUAAACAGAUCAUAGAAUUCAUUUACGAGAAGCGCCUUGAAUUAUUGAAUUCAACAAUUUUUGCCAAAAAUUCAAACUUGUCUAUGGAACUGGAUGCAUUUUACAAGGAUCUGACAAAGAAUGAUAUAGUAUUCAACUUUAAAAAAUACACCGGAAUACUCCUCCGCUUGUUAAAAGAUCGUUACUUCUCACUUGUACCUUUUGGCAAUGAGCUAAAUGCAAUUGCUCUGGAAAUAGGCACGGAAUUGAAAGAGUUGUAUAAACUUCCAGUUAUUACGUUUGCUGUUGAAAACGUUCAAAUGGUAUACUCCCAAAUAAUGUGGGUUUACGAUUACUUCCAAAUCAGUCAAAAAUUACAGCAAGCCGUUCCUCUCCUUUACCGAAAAAUGAAUGAUUACCUCCACACCUCACUGCAAAACGAGCUUAUGAAUCACAAGACAAAAACAAAAUUCAUUUUUGACCCUGAGAAUGGUGUGAUUGAGCUAACUCAAAAGUUGCCUAUGCCAUGGCAUGCUUUCAACGAAACUCCUAAUUUUGAAUAUGUUGCUGAAUAUAGAGCAUUUGUCAAUGUUCAGAAAUUCUUCACUCCAUCUAACAUUUCAUUUUGGAGUUUAUACAACAAGUGCUCGCCAUAUUUAGACCCAAGUAACUGGCUUCCUCCAUUCAAAUCUUAUGCAAUCAUAGCAGGACCAAGGCAUUUCCUUACUUUGGACCAUAAACUGUAUGAAUUCCGAGGAAUGUGCAGCUAUCUCUUAGCAAAGGACUUUUUGAACAAUGAGUUCGCCCUAGUUCUUCAGUAUGAUCGCACUGCUCCGAAGAACUACUACAUGCUAACCCUAAUCACGGAGGGUCGAACAAUCACAAUUGAUCUCUACAGAGAUGCAGUAGACAUUUCAGAUAUGAAUUUGAAACAAAUGCCCACUCAAAUUAAUGGUCUAGCCAUCUAUCAAGAAAAUAGUAGGGUGAUUGUCGAUAGCAGCAGAGGUUUUAGCCUGGAAUGUAAUCUUAAAUUUGAUAUUUGUUUGCUCCAAUUAUCUGGCUGGUUCCAUGGUAAGACAGCUGGUUUACUAGGCACCAUGGAUAACGAGCAGUUUACAGACUUCAUGACUUCCGAGGAAACUGUGGCAAAAGAUGUUAACUUAUUCACACAAAGUUGGUCUAUUAACUCUGGUAGCGAUAUCUGUCUUCCGAUGUUCUCCUCAGCACGGAAAAAGUAUCAGCCUGUUGAGCUGGUCGCUCUUUGCGAUUCUCUCUUCCGCAGUAAAGCAUCUGGGUUUGCUUCGUGUUUCUCUGUUGUUGAUCCACACCCUUAUAAUGAAAUGUGUAGGCAAAUCAGCUCAGGAGAAGAAACAGAGUACUGCACCUCAGCUGUGACGUACGCCAAAGCGUGUGCCAUGGAAAAUUCGCCAUUGCAGCUCCCACAUGAUUGUGUCAGAUGUAUCUUGCCGAACAAUUCCACACUAACUGAAGGUGACCUGAUAAACUUAAAAGCAGAUGAGAUCCCCAAAUCAGCAGAUGUUAUCCUCAUCAUCGAGGCUAAAGAGUGUAACAAACUGAUCACAGAACGCAAGAGUAUUGGCUCUUUACUGAAUACGCUGGAGAAAGAAUUGCAAGAAUGUGGAAUAAGAAACAAUAGGUUUUCAGUUGUUGUUUUUGGAGGCAAUGGUGUUUACAGCAAACCUCGCAACAUCAUCAUAAAUGACGAUGUCUUCACUGAGUCACCAUCUGCUGUCUUGCCCCAUGUUGCAAGCAUCCCUACAGGUAAUGGAAGCUCUGAUAUCUAUGAAGCUCUCUUAUUUGCUUCUAAAAUGUUUUUCCGUCCAGGAGCGUCCAAAGUUUUUAUCCUGCUUCCCUGCUCCUCUUGCAACCCUAGCGAUAUGAGGCUUGACCAUUCUGUCAUUCAUCAGGCUCUCUCUGAUCUGGGAAUCACCCUGCAUGUGUUAAUGGAUCAAGACUUUAAUCUAGAAAAAUCAAAAGUAAAUAAAAUCUUUUAUGGUUUGGAUGCGUUCACAGCCUACACCAAAAAUGAUUUCAAACAGCUGAAAGGCGAAGUGGAUCUCAAACGCCAAGUGAAACUGUCGAAAUCGGUUCUGGGCUAUUGUAUCCCUCUCGCGCUUGAGACAAAUGGAACCUUAUUCACCGCCAAGAAGCUAGAAUCGGACAACAUGAAUGUGGUCAAAAAAUUUGUUGGCGUGUUUGCUAAAAGAGUCGCGCAGUCUGCUAUGCCUAGCAGUUGUCAGUCUUGUGAAUGUUUUGCUGAUAAUCAUGGAAUCAGUAAAAUGAGCUGUUCUCCAUGCUCUUCUUUCAAAAUUGCACCACAGACUGAUUUUGAUGAUCAAGGAAGCACUGCAGUGGCUGCCUAGUUCAAGAACCUCCCACAGGACUUGUUGAGUUUGGAAAAUAACUGCGGUAGCUCACCAUUUUAAAAAAAUGAGCCAAAAAAUGGCCAAAUUGUGCCAAAUUUACUAAGCACAAAUCUGUGACCAGUGUUAUGAGGUUGAGGGUAUCAAAUGGUAAUCUGAACAGCCCAUUUGAAUCAACAAACAUGCAUGCUUGCUUCUGUCGUGAACACCUGCUGAUAAUAAAGCUGCCCUCUAAGUGGAGAAGGAUUAUGCCUUCAACGAAAUUGUGACUGGACCCAAGAGACUCAGUCAUAAAAUUCAGGAUUGGGUAAUGCUCUACAUUAUACUAGUCAGCAACGUACAUUUGUGAUUGUACGAAUAAAAUUUCCACAGGUUAUGAUUUUUUGUAUUGGACGUUAUGAUUUUCGUAACCUGGUCACAGGUUUACUUUUAAAAAAAUUACCUCUACAAAUGUAAAUUAUCAAUUUCAAUUUAUUUUUACCUUUUAGAACUCUGUACUAGUCAAAUACAUACUCUUAAUACAGUUUGAUCCGAUUGUCAUAAGUAUGGAAGCUUUAAAACUGGCUAAAUCAGUAACAUGUAGUCCUUUGCGAUGACUUGAUUGAUUUGUCAUUUAAACCUAUGGGAAAGGAUCGAUUUUCAAGGUGUCCACCUCGACAAUGGAUAGUUUACCAUAAAGUCAAAUGAGAAGUAUCAGGAGUCCACAACUCAGGUCUUGUCCCUUGGCCUAAGUAUGUUCCUUAUUCAAGUGUUUUUUUUUUUUUUUUUUUUUUUUUUUUUUUUUUUUCUCCCUAAACACAAGAACUAUCUAGCUUGUAAGUUUACCAUGUCGGGAAGUUAGAAAAUGCGCCAUGGAUUCCGGACAAAGUAAGAAUUAAAGGGCCUGAAGAUGUGUUCCCAGAUUAAAAAUUCAUGAGGAACAUGUUGGACGUACAUAAAAUGUCCAAAAUUAACCCAUAAGUGAGAAAUUAAUAGUGUUCAUAGUUCAACAAUUUAUUCAUAAUCAAUAAAUUUAAGCUCUUCGCUCACAGCAAAAAACCAAACGAGAAAAAACACUAAAAUUAUUUCUUUCUUUCUCCACCUUGUUACACAAUAAACUAUAGGUGUAUCGGACAUUGAAAACUAAUAAAGUUUCUGCUAUUAACCAGAGUUUGGUUCUACAAAAACUUCUAAUCUUUUCUAAGCAAGUUUAACUCAAGAUGCACCAUCCACAACACAGAUAAAUUCAGAAAAAAAUUAUUUACUUGGAAAGCAAGCCACAAUGUAUGCAAUAGCUGAUUUAACGGAAGUGGACUUCGGCUUUUUGGCAGGUAGAAAAAAAGAAUUACCGAGAACUAUAAAUACACUUUCUUAUUAAUGAUUGAACUGUGAAUUUUGAUUAUUUCAAUCUGUCCUUUGUGUUUUCUGUAACAUUUUUACUAGUAAACAUGACUUUAAAAGUUGAAACCACUAUAAGGUGGGUAAUUAUUAUUUACCGUGUCCAUACUCUGUGAGAAUUAUCAGCUUUUGCUGUAGUUCCAUAGCACUUCUCUUCUUUUUCUCUGGAAAAACUCUAGGAAUACUCACUGAUAACUUCAUGAACAGCACUGGUCUUUUUUCUUAUUAGCAGUGCUAAAAUGUUUCUUUAAAAAAUUGUCAAUUUUUGUUACUGUUCUCUAAUUACAUUAAAUAUUUAUUCCCAAAA